CCGACCCGAGCCCGCUCUUCUCCUCUCUUCUGCUUCCCUUCCUCCUCCCCACCUGCCCGCACUCCUCCUUCUGCUCCACCAGCCUCUUCUCACUUCAUCGCAUUUACCUCUGUAUUUCAAGAUGGGAAAGACCGCAAUCAGAACCGCCGUCAAGGCCGAUCUCAACAAGCCCGCCUGGGAGCAACCCCAGCUCCACAACAGAUGGCAUCCCGAUAUUCCUUUCUCCGCCAAGAUUCAGCCUGGCGAGGUCGUCAACGUCGAGUGCCUCGACUGGACCGGUGGUCAAAUCGGCAACAACGACUCCGCCGAUGAUAUCAAGUACUGCGACUUGUCCCGCAUUCACUACCUCUCUGGCCCCAUCGAGGUCGAGGGCGCUAAGGCCGGUGAUGUUCUCGUCGUCGAGAUCCAGGAUGUGCAGCCCUUCCCCGAGCAGCCGUGGGGUUACUGCGCCAUCUUCGACAAGAACAACGGUGGUGGUUUCCUCGACUCCCACUUCCCUAACGCCGCUAAGGCUAUCUGGGAUUUCGAGGGUAUCUUCUGCUCUUCUCGUCACAUUCCUGGUGUUCGUUUCCCAGGUCUUAUCCACCCUGGUAUCAUGGGCUGCAUGCCCUCGCAGGAGCUCCUCGACACCUGGAACAAGCGUGAGGCUGAGCUCGUCGCUCACCACCACUCCAUUGGCACCGAGCGCACCGUCGCUAACCUCCCCAACCCCAACUAUGCUUUCGCCGGUGCUGGUGACGCUGAGGUUGCCGCCAAGGUUGCCAAGGAGGGUGCCCGUACCAUCCCUCCCCGUGAGCACGGUGGUAACUGCGAUAUCAAGAACCUGUCGCGAGGCUCCAAGUCUUACCUCCCUGUCUACAAGGAUGGUGCCGGUCUCUCGAUCGGUGAUCUCCACUUCUCGCAGGGUGACGGUGAGAUCUCGUUCUGCGGUGCCAUCGAGAUGGCCGGAAUCAUCACCAUCAAGUGCGAGAUCAUCAAGAACGGUAUGGAGGACCUGAAGAUGAACAACCCUAUGUACAUUCCUGGCCCGGUUGAGCCCCACUACGGUCCCUCGCGAUACCUCACCUUCGAGGGUCUCUCCGUCGACGAGGACGGAAAGCAGCACUACCUCGACGUCAACGUCGCCUACAAGCAGACCUGCCUGCAGUUCAUCGAGUACUUCAAGAAGUUUGGAUACACCGGCGAGCAGCUUUACAUCCUUCUUUCUUGCGCCCCUGUUCAGGGCCAUCUCGCUGCCAUCGUUGAUAUCCCCAACGCUUGCACCACUCUCGGUGUUCCUGUUGACAUCUUUGAGUUUGAGUGCCUGCCCAAGGAGGGUGGAUUCAAGCCCAUCAUUUCCUCCGACUGCGCGUUGACUUCGGGAAAAUAAAUUCACAAAACAUAGGAUGAGCUAGAGCAGGUCACUUUACGUUUCUGUACCGCUUGUUAAUCUCUUUGAUCGUCAAUUGUUUUCGUGUUUACUCUUUUUGAGCCGUCGCAUGGUUAGCCCUCUUAUAAGAUGAAUGAUAAUAUUGAUGUAAAAUGAAUCAGAACCAUGAAGCAAUU